ACCCGCCAAACUUCCAGUCCAAACACUGCAGGCAGGACAGAGACACACUCGCGCUCACGGAGGACUCCUGCACACAAGCUUACACACAGAACUGCAAUAAUGCGCUCCAAGAGGCUGCAGGCAUCUCCGCCCUCCACCAGAAUGAACCUGCGCAGUUACAGGAGCACUGCUGUGGUCCCGAUGGAAACCUCCUCCUCGGACGACAGCUGUGACAGUUUUGGAUCUGAUGGUUUUGGGAACUCGAAGAGACCGAGACAGACGAGAAGCUCGACUCAGAUCGAGAAAGUGUUUAAAGUUCUACCUGCGACCGAGGAAGAGGACGCAUGCAGUGGUUUUGAGAGUGACCUGAACGAUGGCAUGACCGAAAUGAAAAUGGACUCAGACUCUGAAACUUGUUCGCCUCCCAGGAAAACUCGCAAAUCGUUCACACUCCGAGUAGCCAUGAAGUUCCCCAACAAACGGGCCAGUCCAUCGAAGCCAGUGACCCCCGAGUCCAAACCCAAACCUGAAGCCAAAGUCCCCGAGUCUGACCCUGAGAGUGACAACUUCCUGAUGAAGAGAGCGCUGAACAUUAAAGAAAAUAAAGCGAUGCUUGCUAAACUAAUGGCAGAGCUGGAUAAGGUUCCUGGACUGUUUCCUGGGAAGGCUGCUUUGUCACCGGGCAAUACGCCUCGUCGAGUUCCUCGUCGUUCUUUUGACCCCAGCGCGGCUCGGCGGAGAGACCCGGACCGACCGUCCCGUCCUCACACACGCUCCCGCUCGCUGGCUGGCGGACCCCCCUCCCCCGCUACACAGGAUGAUCCCGAUGACAAAUACAGCCUGGUUCGCAAAAACAGAGCUUAUGACGACGAUGAUGAGGAGGAAGAGAAAGAGCCACGGCGGCGCAGUUAUAACAGCACUCUGACGAUUCCUCAUGUCGUGAGGCCUGUGGAGGAAAUCACUCAGGCUGAACUGGACAACAUCUGUGUCAACGUCAGAGAGAAGACUUACAACCGUGCCACAGGUUCAACCUGCCAUCAGUGCCGCCAGAAAACCACUGACACCAAGACCAACUGCCGCAACCAUGAGUGUGUGGGUGUUCGCGGGCAGUUCUGCGGGCCUUGUCUCAGGAACCGCUAUGGAGAAGAGGUCCAUGACGCCCUCCUGAACCCGGAGUGGCACUGCCCGCCGUGCAGGGGCAUCUGUAACUGCAGUUUCUGCCGGGCCAGAGAGGGGCGCUGUGCCACCGGUGUGCUCGUGUACCUGGCCAAGUACCAUGGCUAUGACAAUGUGCACUCUUAUCUCAAAAGUUUAAAGAAGGAAUUGGAGGAAGGAGAAUAAAACGUUCGCCAUGUUCUGUGGAGUCCAACCAAAACUGCCGCUUCUCGUUGACCAUUGAUGUGAUUCACGGCUUCCGCGGCGGGUGCUUUGAGUAGGCCGUUGGGAGUUAUCUACAUGAAAUCUACAUUUGCAUUGUUUUAAAUGUGUAAUUCUUUUUAAAGGGAGUGUUUUUAUCUCUGUACUGUAUUGAUUACUUGGAAAACUGUUUGCUGCAAUACUUGUUCUUUACUGUUUUUAAUCUUUAGAUGCUUUUAUGACUGCGCAAUAUUCUGGUGUAGUACUGGAAUAAAAGUUUUGCUUUUAA